UUUAUGUAGGCUUGUUUUCACUGACGAAAUGGCAGCUGGAAAACCGUGUUUUUCAAAACAAAAAUUUGAUGAUGACGAUAUAGAGGUUAUUCUGCAUGAUAAAGAUUUUAGUGAUAUCAGUGGAGAUGGAGAAGAGGAAAAUGAAGAUUUCGAUAGCGAUGAUAGUUUGGCCGAUAUGAGCUAUUUUCCUGAUCCAAUUCAUGAAGCAGAGCUAGAAAAAGAACUAGAAGUUGUCUGGUCUGAAAAAAGAAAAACAGCAACAGCAUUGGAGGGGAAUAAGCAGACAAAAAUAAAACGUAAAACUUUAACAUUGCCAAAUUUGGAACAAGAAUUGGAUAACCAACUUGCGGAAAUUGGGGAAAAUAGUCAAAUUUUGGGCAAAAACGGUCACAUUUGGAAUAAUUUUCCAAUAAAACGUGAAUACGGACCAUCGGGAAACGCCAAAGAAGCCAUGGAACCAAGCGAUGCAUUUAAACUGUUUAUUAGUGACGAGAUAUUGAAUAUUGUUUUAUACCAUACAAAUGCCAAAAUUUCUCAACUAAGAAAUAAAUAUCAAUCAAGAAAUGCCACGGUUUCAAAUACAAGUCUUAUGGAAUUGAAAGCCUUGUUGGGUUUGCUGUAUUUGUCUGCUGUUUUGAAGAGCAACCAUCUAUCAACUGAUAUCUUGUUUGACACUUCUUAUUCGGGCGAUCGAUAUAGAGCGACAAUGAGUAGACAUAGAUUCGAGUUUCUUCUAAACUCACUUCGUUUCGACGAUAUGACUACAAGAGAAGAGCGGAAGAAAAAGUCUUCAUUUGCGCCAAUUUCUGAAAUUUGGGAUAUUUUUGUUGAUAGUUGUACAAAGAAUUUUAAGCCUGGUUCCUAUGUAACCAUCGAUGAGCAACUUGUUGGUUUUCGAGGUAGAUGCCCAUUUAGGAUGUAUAUUCCGAACAAACCAAAUAAAUUCGGAAUAAAAAUUGUAAUGGUCUGCGAUGUCGCUACAAAAUACGUUAUUAACGCAGAGCCGUAUCUCGGAAAGUCUACUAAUACACAAGGAAAACAACUAGCCAAUUACUUUGUUGAAGGACUGACGAAACCUUUGCAUGGAAGUAACCGGAAUAUAACAAUGGACAACUGGUUUACGAGCAUCCCUUUGGCAACAAAACUGUUAAGUAAUCCCUACAGUAUGACAAUUGUUGGCACACUACGUAAAAAUAAAGCUGAAAUACCACCGGAAUUACUUGACACUAAGUCACGGCAGUGUGGCUCAUCCCGAUUCGUUUACAAUGAGAAUAUGACUUUAGUGUCAUUCCAGCCAAAACAAAAUAGGAAUGUACUAUUACUUUCAACGAUGCAUAUUAAUGGAGCGCUAGACCCAACCACAAAAAAACCUGAAAUUAUACUCACAUAUAAUUCGACCAAAGGCGCAGUUGACACUUUUGAUCAGAUGACUCAAAAUAUUUGCUGCAACAGAAAGACGAAACGGUGGCCACUUUGUUUCUUUUACAAUAUGUUAAAUAUUGCUUCAGUUAAUGCCUACGUUUUAUAUAGUUACAAUGUAACACGAAACGGUCUUAAGCCUAUGAGAAAAGGAGGAAGUGAAGAAAAUAUCACAAAAACAUCUUCCACAAUGGUGACGAAACAUUCGGAAACUGCGAUACUCCUAGCAACAGCACAGAUAAGGGUGAAGGCAGCAAAUAGAGAGUAUGUGACAUUGCGAGCUCUAAUCGAUCAAGGAUCCCAAAAGACUACUAUUUCCGAAGAAGCAGCUCAAAUACUUCAUUUACCAAGAAGAAGAGACGUAACUGAACUACAAGGUUUAGGAAAUACCACAGUGGGAAUGUCUAAAUUUAAAAUCAACAUUAUAAUCAAGCCGAGAUUCCUAAGCAAACAGGCGUACAAUGUCGAAGCACUAAUUUUGCCGAAAUUAGCGGGUGCUCAACCAGACAAAACGUUUAAAUGGGAUGUAGAACAAUUGAAAAACUACACUUUAGCUGAUCCCAAUUUCAAUAAAUCGGAUCUAAUCGAUAUUGUCAUUGGAAGUGACAUAUAUGCCGACAUACUAGAAGAAGGCAUAUUUAAAAAGGAUCGAAUACUAGGUCAAGCUACGAAAUUGGGCUGGAUAUUGUCGGGAGUUUUACAACAACCGAGAAAAAACAAUACAAUUUUAGCAGCGGUUACUACAACAUUGGAGAAGUUUUGGGAAAUAGAAGACACUACAACUCCAGCAGAUACAGCAGAUGAUGAUGAAUGCCUAAAAAUUUUUGAAAAAACAACAGUGAGAGAUGAAAAUAAUCGAUUUGUCGUCAAUCUACCUUUUAAACAAGAAAAUGAAUUUGGCGAUUCUCGCAAACCAGCUAUGGCAAGUAUGGACAGUUCUGAUGAGGAUUUUCGUGAUGAAUCAAUGGAUUCUUCUGAUAAAAACUUGCUCCAAGCACAGAAAGAUGAAAGGAGCCCUAACCAAGCAAAGCCAUCUCAUGAUUUAGAAAAUUGUGCAGAAUCUCCAAGUGGAGUUCUACAACAAGAUACAUCGCUAGAGAGUUUCGCAGGGUUUUCAAGUUUUAUGUCGGUUGACGACGAUGAUGACAACGCAAUAACACCUGUCAGUCUGGGAGCAAAUGCAGCCCCUCAACAGACCGAGCUGAUGAACUUAGGAAUUGAGAUUGAAGCACCUCAGACCCUCACUGAGAAAAUACGCCAGCUAACACUUGAUAAUAUAGGCAGCAUCAAGAUGAAAGUGUUGAAAGAAUUUUCAGAUUUAAUGAAUUCGAUGAAAGAUUAUGUAACGGCAGAAUUUCAGAGGAAGGAGUUUGAUGUCGAGGAAAUUGGGCAAUGGAAAGCAACUCAGUGCUCAUUUUUACUGCUUUACGCCGGUGGCAUUGUCCUGCAGUUUGUUCUCGAUGAUGACAAAUAUCAACACUUUCUGCUACUUCAUGUAGCAUGUCGUGUUUUGUGCAGUAGAACAGCGUACAGUGACACAAAAUCAGAGAAAAAAUUGGCAUUGAUAGCUUGCCUUACACGUCUGAGGGGGAGUGCCAUAGGCGAUCCUCUUAAAGAAUUUGUCAUGGAUUACUGGGAUGCUAAAUUGGAUUUCCUCAUGUACAAACUACGUGACGAUUUCUCAAACUUAAAACGAUGCAUCCAGUACGAUUUAAAUAGAAAAAUCGGAGAGCUCAAAAUUAACAUGACCAUACAUCAUGUUGCUGGAGCUCAACCCAUGGCGUCCCCUAUUGAAGAAUUAUCUUCAAACUUUCCUAUUAAGACUUUGGAAGAGUUCCUCGAUUUUGAGAGGACUCUCGACCCAAUGCAUGAGGACAAUUUGGCUGACCCUGAAAAGGCUUUGAGCAAGCGUGUGACACUUAAAGAAUUUAUGAGUGUGUUAACGCAUAAAGAAUCCAAUUACGCUGCAGACAUUAAGAAGAUCCUCAAGGAAUUAAUCGCCAAAGAAGUUCAACUUAAUUAUAGUGGCGUAGGCCGUGUUGUCAAAGGAAAAGGAAAAAAAAAUUUCAGUGCAACAGCGACUUUUGCGUGUAUGAGAGAUUUCAUUGAGACAAAAUAUAAAGACUCUAAUCGACCAUUGAAGAUUAUUACGAUUACAAGUGAUUGGCUAGCAGGUGCUGGCGACAGAGAUGGAGGAUGCAUACAGCGUAAAAAGGAAGUUGGUGCAGUUUAACUGAAAAAAGAGCUUAGAAGGAUCGAACCAAAACUCACCAGUCAGUGAAAACUUAAUUUUGCGAAUUUACUGUUUUUCGUGUUAAAAAAAAGGAGUUAAUUUUUAACGUUAAUUUUUUUGUUCAAUAUUAUCAAGGGGUUUGUCCAGUUACGACAAUUCAGGCAAUAAAUUUGUAUUUUUUGUGUUUAAAAAAGGAGUUACGUUAAUGUUUGUUGUUCAUUAUUAUCGGCAGUUUUGUUUAGUUACGACAACAUAAUGCUUAUUUUUCAUUUUCCAUGUGGAUAAAGUCCAUUUAAAGUAUAUGUAUAACAAUAUAGAAAAUAUUAAUAAUAUAAUAAAGAUUAAACAUAAUUACUUCCGAUAAAUCGUGCUUCAUUGAAUGUGUCAAUCCACAAAAUACCUAUUCAAAUUACAUCUGAACCCUGGCUAAGCCAAGGUAUUAAAAAAAAAUAAGCUUGGAACGGCGCUGGUUCCAGGGCCUGGACCAGUGUUAAUAAACGGCCUGGGCCAGCCCUAGUUACCAGGUCUGGCCCCACGUUACAUUCCAAUGCUCAUCCACUAUUGGUCCGGGCUUGGAUACCAAGCCUGAUCCAAGCUUACCAAGUCUUGGGAACGGCUUGGUUAAAGGCUGGGCCAUUGGUGAUUUCCUACCUGGGAUGAAUCAACAACUUAAUAAAUUUUAUAACGAGCUAAUAAAAGAUCAAAAUGCUGAGCGAAUGACCUUGAUGUUUCAAAUAUUCACCGCACUUAUGUACACUAAGCAUACACACAUAUACAUAUGUACCUAGUUAAGAGAUUAGAAUUAAGAAAUGUAU